AUGAAGACACUGUGGAUCACUAGAGGACAACUCCUUAACCUGAAUGAGAAUGUGCUCACUGUGAAAGUAGAAGCUGAAGAGCAGUUGUUGAAACUGGCCUGCGCAGCAAAAGAAAAUGCCUUAAAAUUCAACAUAAUAGACACUGUUGUCAAUGAAUAUGAAAGAAGGAGCACGCAGAAAAGUUGCGGAGCGCGGUGCCGCAGCGGGGGCUCUGCGAUCUCCCCAACUUGGGACGCGCCGCCCCCGCUCGGGGCCGCUCGGGGUCCGGGGCUCCCCUCGGGGUCUGGGGCUCCCCUCGGGGUCCGGGGCUCCGCUCGGGGUCCCCUCGUCCCUCAGGGCCGGUCCGGCCGCACGUACCGGGACGGCCGUGCCGCCGCCUCCGGCUCCGCCGCUGGAAGCCCCGGCGCCGCGGGGCUGGGCGGUGCCGGCGGGGAGCGGCUGCUGCCGGGCCCGCGGAGCAGAUCCCGCCGCAGGCUCGCCCACCCUCCCGCUGGUCCCAGGUCUCAAAUCACCUCGCACUCUGCGGAGACAGUACCCAGGGAUCUCUUCCCCAGCCAGCGCAGCACGGCCUUCGGCAGGAAGCUGAACAACGCCCAGCAGCUAAAAUCAAGUGUUUCAGAGCAGAGGAUGUCGAGCUGGGUGCUCUCAGAUUUCCAAGGGGGGUUAGCUAGGCAGAGUGUAAUUACCCUGUCCAAAGCUGAGAUGUUCGUUGAAAAGUGCUCCAGGAUCUGUAACAGCCGUAGGCAGCCAAGACCUGUGUGCAGGAGUGUUCCCUUGGAUUUUCAGUCCAGGUGCUAAACUGUCCUGCUCCUGCUUUGUUUGGGUUGUGUGAAUACAUAUAAUCUCACCGUGGUGCUAUAAAUUUUCUCUGGUUUAUCUCACUUAAGGGUCUCCCUAGUCACAGUUCAUUAUAGGAGCUAGCAGCUUGGAGAAAACCUAGGGAGAGAAGAUUUUUCUGUCAAAGCCAACCAUGGAUCCAUUUUAAAGUUCUAGUGAGUAAAGACAAUCCCUCACACCUGUAGCUUGUCUGGCCUAGCAGAAAUAAAAGGGGAGGAAGGAGAGUGUGAAAUAGAAUAUGUCAGUUUUUUGCUAUUUCAGGGGAGUUGAGCAUAUUUCCCUUUUUAGACAACCUGGCAGGGAUGUGAUCCUAUGUUAACCAUAUGCCUUAAUAAAAAAAAAAAGAAAAGGCAGCUUCAUAUUUAAGUUACAGAUCUAUUAGUCCCUGAUGGCCAGUGAGAUUUUAGAGAAAAACAACAUGCCAACUGAAUUUUAGGUUCCUGAUGUAAUACACUCAGGAGAUUGUAAUGAAGGUCACUGAAGCUUCUAGUAAGGUUAUACAGAUUACCCUUCUGGGUGUUGUAGAUUUAAUUUCACUCAGUAAGUACAUGCAGCAAACAUAUUUCUUCAGAUUGAUCUACUCAGGCUGCAUCCAUCAACUAAUUAAACUUAUAUA